AUGGAGAUGGAUGCAGUGAUAGAUGAUCAAUUCUCGAAGCUACAUCCUUGUUUUCAAACAGACACAAGGAUUGGGAUUAUUGGGGCGGGCCCAAGUGGGUUAUCGGCUGCCUAUGCAUUAUGCAAACUUGGUUACUCUAACGUGAUUGUUAUUGAGAAACAUGGGUCCGUAGGUGGCAUGUGUGAAUCUGUAGAUAUUGAAGGGAGCAUAUACGAUUUAGGAGGUCAAGUGUUAGCUACAAAUAGUGCUCCAACCAUCUUUCAUCUGGCUAAAGAAAUCGGAGCUGAAACAGAGGAAUUAGACACUCAUAAGUUCGCCGUCAUUCACACCACCGGAAAAUACGACGACACAAAAGUCGUAGACGAUUACAUCUCCGUUAUAUCCCUAACCUUAAAACUCCAGGAUGAAGCCAACGCCACAGGCCGAAUCGGAGUGCACGCAGUCAGCGAUAUUGCUUCAGAACCAACGCCUUCGUUUCUCAAAUCUAACGGACUCGAAUCAGUUCCUAAAUCUGUUGUCUAUGGAUUCACGGCUUCAGGUUAUGGAUUUGUACAGGAUAUGCCUUAUGCUUACGUUCAUGAAUUCACAAGGACUUCAAUGGCGGGAAAGAUCAGGCGAUUUAAAGGCGGGUAUACGAGCGUUUGGGAUAAGAUAAGUAAAAAGCUUCCCGCACAAAUUCAUUGUAAUAUGCAAGUAUUAUCAGUCAAUCGCAAUGGUAACACCAUUAAAAUCGAAGCCAAAAUCGUCAAUGGUGAAACGCAACAUAUGGAAUUCGAUAAACUCGUCGUCUCUGGUUCGUUCCCUUUACAAAAUGGAAAGAUCUAUAGAUCACCUUCAAAAACAACAGAAGAAACUGUAAAUGAGGCUAUGGAUUUAAGUGAUUUUGAGAAGGAAUUAUUUGGUAAAGUGGAGACUAUUGAUUACUAUACUACUGUAUUGAAGAUAGAUGGAUUGGAGCAUAUUCCAGUUGGGUUUUAUUACUUCCAGGAGUUCAUGGAAGAUCCAAAAACUAUAGGCAAUCCUGUCGCAAUGCAAAGAUUCUACUCAGACACGAAUAUAUUCUUGUUUUGGUCCUAUGGUAAUUCAGCUGAUAUUGUUGGUAAGAAAGUCAUUCAGCUAGCAAUUGAUGCAGCCACAAGUAUUGGGGGCAAGGUCGAGAAAGUAAUUCUACAAAGACGAUUUAAGUACUUUCCUCAUGUCAACAGUCAAGAAAUGAAGGAUGGGUUUUAUGAGAAACUGGAACACCAACUCCAAGGUCAGAACAACACUUUCUAUGUUGGAGGGCUAAUGGCAUUUGAGCUAACAGAAAGGAAUUCAUCAUAUGCUCUUUCUCUAGUUAUGAAGCAUUUCGCCACUAACAAUCCAGAGCCCAAAUUCCCAUACAUCAAGAGAUUGUUCACUAUGAAAUCAGACACUCAUUCAUGGAUUGCCAAACAACUAGAUGAAGAACCAGGUGUAAAGUUUCCAGAUAUCACAUCAAUCGAUGGUUAUCUAAGACACUGGGGAAACCAUGAGCGCAUUAAAAAUAAGACACUUUACAUUUGGACAAACGAUAAAGGAGAAACAAUAGCUCGAAGAACAUACAAAGAGCUAAAUGCUAAUGCUUCCUAUAUCUCUCACAAGCUUUUAACAAACAAUAAGCCAAAUAUCCACCCUGGAGAUAGAGUUCUUCUAGUCUACAUACCUGGCUUAGAAUUCAUCGAUGCCUUCUUUGGUUGCUUGAGAGCAAGAGUAAUACCAGUUCCCGCCAUUCCUCCUGAUCCAUCACAAACAGGAGGCCAAUCACUUCUUCAUAUUGAAAACAUCGCCAAAAAAACAAAAGCAGUUGCAAUCUUAUCAACUUUCAGCUACCAUGUGUUUGUCAAAACAAAUUCUGCAAAAAACAAGAUUAUGUUAACUAGGAAAACAAAAAACCUACCAUCCUGGCCUAAUCUCCCAUGGUUGCAUACAGAUUCUUGGAUCAAGAACUUCAAAGGUGGUGAUGACAUCAGCUAUGAUGAUAUAUUAGUGAAAGAAAAUAAGAUUCUUCCAAAAGAUUUGUGCUUUCUUCAAUUCACAUCUGGGUCAACUGGAGAUGCGAAAGGGGUCAUGAUUACACAUGGGGGACUUGUUCAUAACGUGAAGUUGAUGCGUAAGGUAUACAAAAGUACAUCAAAUACAAUUCUUGUAAGUUGGUUACCUCAGUAUCAUGACAUGGGGCUCAUUGGUGGGUUUCUUACUUCAAUGGUUAGUGGUGGAACAGGUGUACUCUUUUCUCCAUUAACUUUCAUCAAAAACCCGAUGUUAUGGCUCCAAACCAUGAGUAAGUUCCAUGCUACUCAUAGUGCUGGACCGAAUUUUGCUUUUGAGCUUUUGAUAAGAAGAUUGGUAUCCAAGAAGGAAAACAUCAUGAAACUCGAUCUUUCUUCCAUGGUUUUUCUCAUGGUGGCUGCUGAACCCGUGAGAUCCAAAACCCUAAAACGGUUUAUUGAGUUGACUCAGGGGUUUGGGCUCUCUCGAGAGGUGAUGGCUCCUGGUUAUGGAAUGGCUGAGAACUCGGUUUACAUUAGUUGCGCGUAUGGAAAUGGGGAACCGAUUUUUCAAGAUUGGCAAGGAAGGAUUUGUUGUGGGUUUGUGAAUUCAAAUGAUACUGACAUGGACAUUAGAAUAGUUGACCCUGAGACAAGUGAAGAACAUAAAGAACAUGGAAAAGAAGGGGAGAUUUGGGUAAGUAGUUUAAGUGCGGGUGUUGGGUAUUGGGCGAUGGAGGAGUUGAGUCAGAAGACUUUUGGCAACCAACUUGAAGGGCAAGUUGGGAAAUUGUACAUUCGGAGUGGUGAUUUGGGAAGGAUUAUUGAUGGAAAGUUAUUUAUCACAGGGAGGAUAAAGGAUAUGAUUAUUGUUUCUGGAAGGAAUAUAUACUCUUCAGAUGUUGAAAAGACAGUUGAGUCCUCAUCUGAGUUUAUACGACCUGGUUGUUGUGCAGUUGUAGGUGUUCCUGAAGAGAUUUUAUCGGCUAAAGGGGUAAUGACACCUGAAAAUUCAGACAUGGGGUUAGUUGUAAUUUCAGAGGUUCGAGGGAAUUCGGUUCCCAAUGAAGAAAUAAUUGAACGAAUUCAAACCCAUGUGGCAGAAGAGCAUGGGAUUACAAUUGCUUCAAUUGUGUUUAUUAAAGAAAGAAGCAUUUGUAAAACAACAUCAGGGAAGAUUAAAAGGUUUGAAUGUUUAAAACAGUUCACUGAGGGGAAGUUGCAAAUCUUCACUUCUUUUCUCGAGAUUCCUGUGGGUGCAAUCGACAUUUUCACAGCCACCUGUAUUGAUGACCUGGCAGAUUUCGCGGAAGAUCUUAUAAGAAAAUCUUGUGCUGAGUCAGCACAUCCUGAAUCAAAUCUCCUUGAGUACAAGACACGUUCUGUUAAACCAUCAAUCGAACCUUCUUCAAUUCAUAAGUUUGGUAUUUGGGUUUCCCAUCUUUUUGGUCUUGUAUACAUCUCGUUCUUGUUAACAAUUCCAAUCUAUCUUUCGGUCUCUGCUUUCAUCUCUCUAAUCCAUGAAACCCAAUUCGGUUACUUAUUCUCCUUAGCAUGUGCCCCUCUUGUUUGGAUGUUUUACAUUUUUACCUCAUGUGUUACCAUCGGCCUAUUUGGGAACUCGUUUCUUCAACCUAAUUACGGUCUUACCCCUGAUACAUCCAUUUGGUCAAUCGACUUUGUGAAAUGGUGGACAUUAUACAAAGUCCAAGACAUUGCAUCUAGAAAUCUGGCAGUGUAUUUAAAGGGUACAGUGUAUGUGAGGUUGUGGUUUAAGAUUCUUGGAGCAAAGAUUGGAUCAUCUGUGUUGCUUGACACCAUUGAUAUCACGGACCCGUAUUUAGUCACCAUUGAAGAAGGAGCAGUGAUUGCAGAAGGAGCUUUGAUACAAAGCCAUGAGUUCAAAAAUGGUGUGUUGAGUUUACAGCCAAUCAAAAUUGGGGAAAACUCAUGUGUUGGUCCUUAUGCUGUGAUUCAAAAAGGCAGCAUUGUAGAAGAUGGGAUUAUGAUUCCUGCCUUGCAAACAGUCAAAGGUGGUCAACGUGAAUUUAAGGUUUCCAAGAUUCCUAUACUUGAAAAGGGUAUUAACUUACAAGAGGUCAAACAUGAGCCUUUUUACCACAUUUUUGGGAUUUACAUGGUUGGUGUUGUAAGCUCUCUAUCUGCAGCCAUUUGUUACAUAAUCUACCUUUGGGUAUCUCAAAAGCCUCAAUCUUUACAACACUUCAGCUUUCUUUGCUUAUGUGCAUCUGUUCACUGGCUUCCUUUCAAUGUUCUUGCAUAUGUCAUCAUCUUCAAAGACAUUCCUACAAACCCAUUAGCUUUUUCCUUCACCAUUGCAAUAGCAUACCUCUCUCAUGGCAUCAUCCUCACUUUCCUUACUUCCAUCUUGCUUCAUAUACUCUCAAAAUCAAAACAUAAAAACCAUUUCAUCAUGUGGUUUUGCAAUCGUCUAUCCACUUCCUGCCAUUUAAAAUUCGCAAAAUUCCUUUCUGGGACAGAAGCAUUCUGUGUUUACUUUCGUCUUUUAGGAGCAAAGAUCGGUCAUCAUUGCUCUAUAAGAGCAAUCAACCCGAUUCCAAUUCCAGAGUUUGUGUCAAUCGGUGAUGGCGUCCAUUUAGGCGAUUUUAGUCGGAUUGUCCCUGGGGUUUACACCUCAAAAGGGUAUUUAUACGGAAAUGUGAAGAUACAAGAGAACUCAGUAAUCGGGUCCCAAGGUGUUGUCCUACCUGGUGCUGUUAUUGAGCCCAAUGUCAUUCUCGGUGCUCUUUCAAUUGCUCCCAUGAAUUCCAUCCUCAAAACAGGCGGUGUUUUUGUUGGAUCUCAAACUCCGAUCAUGGUUAAAAACAUGACUCAUGUUUUAGAUGACAGAAUCGAAGAAAUGGACAAAAAGUACAAAAAAGUCCUUGGAAAUCUUGCUGCAAACUUAGCUGCUGCCACCCUUAAAGUGAAAGCAAGAUACUUUCAUCGAAUCGGUGCAUGUGGAAAGGGAACUCUAAAGCUCUAUGGAAACAUUCCUGGAUUCCCUGACCACAAUAUUUUCUCCCCCGGAAUCAACUAUUCCGUCAUUCUCCGGCAUAGCAAUUGCUUAAGUUCAGAUGACGAUGCCAGGCUUGAUCCACGUGGUGCAGCAAUAAGAAUACUUUCAAAUAAUGAACACUCUCCACUUCUUGAUUUGACAUUAAAGACUGGUAAAGCGUUCCAUGCACGUACCAUUGGUGACUUUGCUUCAUGGUUGGUGUGUGGGGCACAGGCACGUGAAGAGCAUGUGAAACAUGCUCCUCAUGUAAGGGAUGCAAUGUGGGAUUCCAUUAGAAAAGCCGAUUCCUAUGCCGACCUCCAUUACUAUUCAAACAUUUGCAGGUUGUUUAGGUUCAAAGAUGGAAAGGAAAUGUACGUGAAGUUUAAGUUAAGACCUUUUGAUAAAGCAAUAAAUGAAGAUUCCGGAAAAGUGGACCCCACAGGCAUACUUCCUCCUGAAACCGGUGCAAUCCCACGAGACGAAAAUGACAAACGCCCGCUUCUUUUUCUAGAAGAUGAUUUUAGUCGUCGAGUGAAUUCUGAAAAAGUUCGGUAUGUUCUUCAAUUUCAAUUUCGUGAAGUGCCAAAUGACGAAAAUGGACGUGAGGUUGCGCUUGAUUGUACAAAGCCAUGGGACGAAAAGGAAUACCCUUACGUGGAAAUCGGAGAGAUAACUAUCGACAAAAUACUCACAAAAGAAGAAUCUGAAAAGUUGGAGUUUAAUCCGUUUCUAAGAUGUCAUGAAGUUGAUGUUAUCCGUGCCACGUCAUGCUCCCAGAGUGCUUCCAUGGAUCAUGGAAGAUCGGUUGUUUACUCAAUCUGCCAACAUUUACGCAACAACAAACCGCUUUCGGAAGCUUGGAGAAGCUUCUUGGAUCAAUCUGAUGUAAAAGUCGAUCUCACCGGUUGUCCAAUGGGAAAUGUGAUGGUAAAAAAGGAAGCUGAAAAGGUGACACUCACAAGAUCAUGGUACAAGACCUUAUGGAUGUUGACCGGUCAACCCAUACUUCAAAUCUUCAUCCCCUACUUUCUAAUGGGGUUGAUCAUCUUCACUCCACUUAGUGUAACUUUUUUCUUGAAAGGGAAACAUGGUCUACAGUUAUAUUGGAUGCUACCAUUUUUGUGGGCCGUUUCCGGGGUUUUAUCUGGAUUAAUGUGUGUUGUAAUGAAGUGGUUUCUUGUGGGGAAGAAGAAAGAAGGGGAAAGUGUGAUGAUUUGGAGUAAAGGAGUGUAUAUGGACACAGUAUGGCAGGCGAUUAGGACAUUGGUUGGGGAGUAUUUCAUGGAAAUGACUGGUGGUUCGUUUAUGUUUGGGAUAUGGAUGAAGUUGAUGGGUUCAGAAGUGGCUUGGGAUGAAGGGAUUUAUGUGGAUGGGAUGGGUGCUGUGUUGAACCCUGAGAUGGUGAGUAUUGAAAGGUAUGGAUCUGUGGGGAGAGAAAGUUUGUUGUUUGGACAUAUAUAUGAAGGUGAAGGGGGUAAAGUGAAAUUUGGGAAGAUUAAGGUUAAAGAAGGUGGUUUUGUGGGGAGUCGAGGUGUGGUUAUGCCUGGAGUGAUUGUGGAAAAAGAAGGAAGUCUUGCUGCCCUUUCGGUUGCUAUGAAAGGAGAGACUGUUAAGUAAAAACGAUAUGGUAUGAAUAUGAU